CUUUACUUUUUGAUCCUACUGCUACAGCAAGAUAUUCUCAGUCACUUUGAGCACUCAUUCGCCCUAGCAAUUGAUUUCAUAGAUAGCAAUAGUUAUAACAGCAGCAACGCUUCAUGAUUACAGCCAAAUAAUUGAUAAGCUGUUUGAUACUUCCCGUUUCUUACUGAUCAUCGUACUAGUCUGCUCAAUACACUCCAUCUCAUCUUUCCGUUAACCUUCCAAUAUUGAACUCUUUCAAGACACACAGCUAACCCAAUCUGAGCCAACGGCUCUGCUUUAGAGUAAUCAUGGGCGCAACCAUGGAAGUAACUCGAUACACUAUCGGAAUUUUUGCUUUGUUAUCUGUAGUCUGCAUUUGGGUGUCUUCCAGCUUCUUGAUGAAUAACAUCUUUGCUGAUAAAAAUUAUAACAAGCCCUUCUUUGUUACCUACGUCAAUACCGCCAGUUUUUCACUCUACCUGCUGAGGCCGCUCUUCAAGCGAUGGUGGAGACAGUGUACAGAUGAGAAAGAUAAAGCUCUGGCAGGACCAAGUGCUAAUAAAGCGGUUAUCAAAAGUAGGGAUUACUCUUAUGGAAGUCUCGGCUCAGGAUCUGUAGACACGACUAUGUCGACUGACUCUACAAUGGAACAGGGACCAAGAGCCAUUGACUCUGCUAAUAUUCCUCUUUCACAUCGCGAAAUAGCUCAGCUCAGCUUUGCUUUCUGUAUUCUUUGGUUUGCAGCCAAUUGGGCUACAAAUGCCUCAUUAGCGUAUACCACUGUCGCCAGCUCGACCAUCCUCGCCUCCAUGUCUGGUUUCUUCACACUCGCGAUAGGAGCGCUUUUAAAGACCGAAUCCUUCAGUAUUAUCAAGUUUGUUGCAGUCUGCGGGAGCGUACUGGGUGUAGCGCUCGUAAGCGGAUCUGACCGUGGUAGUUCUAAUAUUGAGCCCACAGCCCCUGCAGCGCCGUUAUUUGGAGAUUUCUUAGCUCUCAUGUCUGCCUUCUUCUAUGGAUGUUAUAUUGUCUUGCUCAAACUCAAGAUCCAGAAUGAGAACCGGAUCAACAUGUCACUUUUCUUUGGGUUUGUUGGAUUAUUCAACUUGCUGCUCCUUUGGCCGAUAUUUGCUGUGCUGCAUUGGACAGGGGUUGAGUCGUUCGAACUUCCAAGUGACCCGCGCAUUAUACUAAUGAUUGUGGUCAAUGCUUUCGUUGGAACAUUUGUAUCUGACUAUCUCUGGUUGUUGAGUAUGCUAAUGACUUCGCCUUUAGUCGUCACUCUUGGGUUAUCCCUGACCAUUCCGUUAGCAUUGCUGGGUGAUACUAUUGGCCGUGGCCGCAUCCUCGGUACCGGCUACUGGAUUGGAGCAGGAUUAGUGCUAGCAGGAUUUUUCGGAGUUAACACUGCUACCUUACUUGAACAAGAUAAAGAGAUAAUUGUGGUCAAGCAGACAACAUCAUCACAGGCAAUAGCAGGGGAAAGAGAAGACCAAGCUCCCCUCCUUCCCCACGCGACAAGUUCAUUGCAAAGGUGACAUCCCUGGAUGGCCGACCCAAUUUCUUUACAAUAUGUACCAUAUAAUGCAAAAUCAAUACAGAUCACAGCAGCCAGCAGAGGGCUAAGAACAUGCGGCACACGAAGGCCAUCGAA